AUGAAUGAUAAUAAGAACUCAGUUAAAUCCAUUGUGGAUAUGGGUAUACCAGAAGAUGUAGCUAUUGAUGCUUUAAAUAGAGUUAAUGGAGAUUUAGAGGCUGCUGUUAAUUUUAUAUUCUCUAAUGAGCUUCCGGAUAAUAAUAUGGGAGAGUCUGUUGGAAAUGAAAAAUAUACAACUUCUGAACAUGUCAAUAUUAGUAAUGAUAAUAAUUUCCAAGCUGGUGAUCUUUCAGAAGUCAUGAAUGUAUCUAAUUAUGGGUAUGAUAAUAGAUUUGAAACCGAUUCUGGUGAUCUCAGUAGUGAUGAAGUCUCAGAUCCCGAAAUAGUAGAGAAUGAUAUAUCCAAUAAUUUGAAAUUACCUGCUUAUAAUAUUGUUAAACAUGAAGUCGAAAAAACGUCUUUAAGCGACCCAACUGUUGUAAUGCCCCUUCCACAUAAUUCUAUUAUUGAAAGUUAUUUUGGUUUAUUUUCAAUGUUUAUUUCUAUAUACUUGCCACACCUUCUACUAAAACCUGAUUUCAAAGAUUUAAAUUAUGAUAAUGAAUGGUAUAACGGCUUAAAAUUUGUUGCUCCAAAAUUUGGUAUCAAAGUGCAUAAUGAAGAAUCAUUAAAAGAUGAUUUGCAUACAUCAAUAGAACCGCUCACAUGUGUUGAUCGUGACCUAGAUGAUCAACCAAAGCUACUCUGGCAGUUGCAAAAGUUGUCAACAAUCAUGAAUAGCACGAUGUCCGAAAGAUCAUAUGUUAGUUCAAAAUUAUUUUCUCUUUGUCUUGAUAGAAAUGCUAAAAUGAAAUUACAAGAUGCUGAACAUUUGUAUGAAGUAUUGCCUUCUUUCAUAAAAUAUUUAACUUCUAAUUUGGAAAUGUGUCCUGAUUUUCGACCAGAUGAAAUUAGAAAUGAGUUAAUAUCUUCUGCAUACUACUUACCAUCUGAUGACGAACCUCCAGUUAAGACUUUGUUGACUUUAUUUCACUUUUUACCUGAUGAGUAUGAGUCGAAUCUAUACAAAAUGUUCAAUAUUCUUUUAUAUGCUGAUGAUGAAGAUGGUGAUGGAGCCAUAGAUGAGGGAAAUUCUUUAAAUUACUUAGCGCCUAACUUAACAAUUAUAUUUGACGAAAUUGAUGAAUUGUCUUCUAUGACUCCACUCCCGGAAGGUGUUUCAAUACCAUUGGAAUUUUACCCUCAAUUGUACACAAAAGAAUGUAAAGAUCAAUUGAUAAAGCAUAUAAUUGGAAAAAGACAAGAUGCUCAGAAGGAAUCGAGACAGCAUUUGAAAGAUCUAAACAGUUUAAAGAGCUUCCAAGGGAAAGAUAUAUUGAAGUUUCUAAAUAGUACGUUGGACUUUUUAGAUAGAGAUGGGCAACGCCAAAAUGGUUUAACUGAAGGAAACGGCAAAUUAAUGGAAGGAUUGACUGAUAUUAAAGAACAACUGACAAAAAAGAAGACAGAAAAAAUGAAUGCAUACAAAGAUUUAACUCAAAAAUUGAACACAUCAUGGAAUCUAUCCAAUCCUGAGGUGAGCAUAAUAGCUACAGCAAAGAAAUUAGGUCUUAUUGACGAGCCUUAUCAUUUGUCGAUGGCUGUUAUGUCACCUAAUCUAUAUUAUAUAAAGAAGAGGGAUGGCACUUGGUAUUUAGUACAAAUUACGGAAAAUGGAGAUGAUUUUGAUAUUAGGAAAUGUUCCUCUGGUGUAGAGAUUCAAGAUUGUGUGAGACAGUAUACUAGGCAUGGUAGUGAAACUCCAUUAAUGUUUGUGUACACUAAAGAAGGAUCAAUUCCAGACGAUGACUCUGUCCAAAAGAUUUUAGAAGCAAAUACUGGCUGUUUACAAUUCUUAAAAGAUGAUCAAAAGUUACUUAAUGAAAUGGUAAUGAAUGAAAGUGAUGAUGUUUGA